GAGGUGCCACUUGGCGGCCAUGGCAGCUGUAGUAUUGGCGACUGCGGGUCAGGGCCUGACUGAGGGAAGUACCAUGGGCAGCACCCGGUGUAGGGCAGAGACAGCAUUGUAUCGACUUUGCUGUUGAGUCCUCGGGGCCCGCCGUUAGAGACUUGCAGGGUAGCUUGCACGACCCUAGACUUGGAAGGGAGUUUGCUGGGACUGGUGGGCUGGUCCCUUCCCUGGGGGCGGAUCACCUGCGGGGGCCACCCUAGGGAACCAGGUGCGGCCUGGGAAGAGGACACUUGGGCUUUACCUUUCUCCUGCUGCUACCAGAUACACUGCCUAGGGGAGUGGGUCGUUGUGGCACCCUCAUUCCGAAGAUUGAAGAGAUCUCUUUCGCGCAAUCUCUCCAUCUAUUACCCACCGGAAUCCCGGUGACUGGCGUCCAAGAGCCUGAGAUUUCGCAAAGUUUUCUCUGGUGCUAAUAUCAGCAAAAAGGAGCUUGCAUCUUAGUGCGUUCGAGAGCAGCGUGCUUCGUGAACACACCGGCUGGUGGCAAGGUUGAGAGACGUGCGAAACUCCCUUGUUUUCUUGGAAAAAAAAAAAAAAAACCACACGUUUAAAGAGCCUAAGCGCCUUUUCAGACCGCUGGAAUUUUGAAACCUGGUGGGAGAGAGUACCUACAGGAGGGCAGAAUGGAUGAUUUUCUCUCCAUUAGUCUGCUGUCUUUGGCAAUGCUGGUGGGAUGUUACGUGGCUGGAAUCAUUCCUUUGGCUGUUAAUUUCUCAGAGGAGCGACUGAAGCUGGUGACUGUUUUGGGUGCUGGUCUUCUCUGUGGAACUGCACUGGCGGUUAUCGUGCCUGAAGGGGUGCACGCACUUUAUGAAGAGGUUCUGGAGGGAAAACACCACCAAGCCAGUGAAACAAAGCAGAAUGUGAUUGCAUCAGACAAAGCAGCAGAAAUACCAGUUGUCCAUGAACAUGAGCACAGCCAUGACCACACACAGCUGCAUGCCUACAUAGGCGUGUCCCUUGUCCUGGGCUUCGUGUUUAUGUUGUUAGUGGACCAGAUUGGCAGCUCCCAUGUGCAUUCCACUGAUGAUCCAGAAACAGCAAGGCCUAGCAGUUCCAAAAUUACCACCACACUGGGGCUAGUUGUCCACGCUGCAGCGGAUGGUGUAGCUCUGGGAGCAGCAGCUUCUACUUCACAAACUAGCGUUCAGUUAAUUGUGUUUGUGGCGAUAAUGCUACACAAGGCUCCAGCAGCAUUUGGGCUGGUUUCCUUUCUGAUUCAUGCUGGCCUGGAGCGGAAUCGAAUUAGAAAGCACUUGCUGGUAUUUGCAUUGGCAGCACCAGCCAUGUCCAUGCUGACAUACUUAGGAUUAAGUAAGAGCAGCAAAGAAGCCCUUUCAGAGGUCAAUGCCACUGGAGUGGCCAUGCUGUUCUCUGCCGGGACAUUUCUUUAUGUUGCCACUGUUCACGUCCUCCCUGAAGUGGGUGGAAUGGGGCACAGCCACAAAGCUGACUCCACUGGAGGGAAAGGCCUCAGCCGCCUCGAGGUGGCCGCCCUGGUUCUGGGGUGCCUCAUUCCACUCAUCCUAUCAAUAGGACACCAGCAUUAACGUUCAGGUUCCAGCCUCAGUCCACGGCCAUUGCCAUCCAGGAAGAAGAGCAAGCGUGGGACGCUCCUCACUUCCUCAGUGUCUCGUCUCACCUUGCCCAUCUCCACCCGUGUUCCUAGAGUCCGAGGGAGAUGAGAGUCAAUCGUGGAGAAGUGGAACAGCGCGUAGCAGGAACAUUAUAAUCAGACAGAGACUUUGUGUUGUCUUUUAAAGGGACUUUGACAUUGAGUUUUGAUGUUUCUCUUAACCCUAUUCUCAGGGAAGAUGGAAUUUAGUUUUAAAGAAAAGUGGAGAACUUCAUACAAUGAAAUAGUAAUUAUGAAAAUACAGUGUUCUGUAAUUAAGCUAAAGUUUUUCUCCUUAGCUUAGAGGCUCUACCACUUUCUCCGUUGGUUUUUAACAUGGUUCUCACCGUCUCUGACUGGUGCUUUAGCAUCUGUGCCACACGCCUUGAGAGAAGGUGGCAACACCCACCCUCUUGAUGCUAAAGGUGAUGGCAAUUAAUUUGAGGUUAGAGUAAGGAAAAUAAGGGCAGGAGACACAGGCUGACUUGUACCUGAGAGAGAUGUCCAGCGACAGAUGUCUAGAGUCUUGAGCAUCUCCUUUGCACGUGCCUCCCUAAACAGAGCCUGCCCUGCCAGUAGAGCAGUGAAGGUGGGGCUGGCUUUUGAAGAGGGUCCGGUAUCUUACAGCAGCAUUUUCCUGAAGUAGCCUUUGCAGGGUGCCUGUCUGCAGCACAUUCUUCCCGAGGAGCCAGGAUCUGUAUAGGCACAGCUUUCCUUCAACAGCGUGAUCACAGUGAAUUAAGGGAUGUUAAAUUUUCCAGGAAUUUGGCUAGUAACUGACAUCUUUGUAGUAGCCUUUUAUAAAGUAACACUAUUACAAAGUAUGUUGUCCUUUUCUGCUAAGUCAGUGCUUCUCAACCUUCCUAAUACUAUGACCCUUUAAUGCAGUUCCCCAUGUUGUGGUGACCCCCAACCAUAAAAUUAUUUUCAUUGCUACUUCAUAACUGUAAUUUUGCUACUGCUGUGAAUUAUAAUGUAGAUAUCUGAUAUGCAACCCCUGUGGGGGUCACAAACCCACAGGCUGAGAACUGCUGUUAUUUCUUUUAGCAGCCGGCAGUCCCUCUGGCUGAGUCCUCGUCCUCUGCUCAGCUCCUGUGUAGCAGGAGCGUCAGAAGGGAGUGUCCGCUGCUGGCCUCAAGCUCCUGUAAUCAUGUCAGUGUCCGCUCUCCCCGUGCUGUGCUCUUUCCUGCCCGCUACCUGUGUGCUGCUCACUGCUCCUGCUCAUGUCAGGACUGGGGUGAGACGACUUUUCAUCAGGACAACCACUUCUGGACCAUGAUGAUAAAGACAGCCAGCACUGUCCCUAUUCUUCAUUUUCUUCAAAUGAGUUACCUUGGUGGCAAAUAACACUUUUUCAAGCCCUUAAAAAUGUCACCUCCUCAUGUGUGAGUUGACAUAUCACUAAUACUUUGAUAAUUUAAGCAGUGGAGACAGAGAAAGUAUUCAACAAACGAAGGUGAUUUUUCCAUGUUUGCCAAAAUCUGCCUAAACCCUGUUUUGUCAGAUAAGUGUAUAAUACUGUAUUAAUUUAUAUUUUCUGUAUCAUGUCAAAACACUUUACAUAAAGAGAGAGCCAAAACUAGUUCCUUCAGCACAGUGGCUCCAGUCAUUUGUAUUUUUAGGACACUGCCAGCAUGCCUGUGGUUUCCCCUUUCUCUCCUAAACUGUCACUGGGGCAGCAGCUGUGGAAUUAAACUCUCAAGCCCUCUGCUGGCCACAGUGAAGAAAGUUAGCAGAAGUGCGGUUUUGUUUGGAGGCUGAUAGCCAUUGCAGCCCACGUGAGGUGACAGAAGGCGUGCAGUGUGGGAGUUGGGUGGCUCCUGAUGAGGCACAAACAGCUAACUUGGGGAAGGUCUGGGCUCAUCAAGUCCUUCCAAAGUACAGUUAUCGUGAUUCUUUCUAGAAACUUUACUGUGUCAAGUAAAUAGCCCAUUUCUGUGUCUGGUCUGGUUUGAGUCGAAGUAACCUCUGUCAUCUUACUACAUGCGGUAGUCAUGGAUUGUUGCACUGGCCAGAGCCUCUUUCACUCAGCAGUGCAUUGCCAUCUUGCUUCUAAGCUUGGCUAGAAUCUCUUGCUGGGUUGGGCCUUGGACUCUGGCAAGGACUGAACCAUCAAACUGCUAAAUUUUCCCCCACCCCCGCCUCAGUGGUAAUGAGCCUUCCAAAGCUGGGGCCCUUCGCAGGCCCUGAGCUGCUGCCUGGGAACCGCUCAUCCCUUCCCUGGACAGCAGGCUCUAAUAGCCAUAGAAUCUUAAUAGGGCUCCAAUGCAUUUUAGGCAGCAGGAACCAUGCCGUAGGGUAAGAGCCUCUGUCUAGAGAGGGAGAGCGGGCAGGCAGUGACCUCAGAGAGGCCACCUUGAUGUUCACUUUCCAACGUGUUUCUGUCGUUUCCCUCCUCCUCAAAACUCCCUCUGGAGGUGUGGGUGCCUUAAUGCGAUAACACAUUUGAACACAUUGGUGAUGCUUCGGCUGCUGCCGUGAUUACCAGUGGAAUUAUGGGCUACCAAAGAAGUACUACAUAAAAAGCAUGGGCCAUCCUUCCUCAUAACCAAAGCAGUCUUAAUUACGAUUGGAGCCCCUUUCUCUGGGAGACACGGAUGCACUUCAGAUUCCAGGCGUGCUGCUAAAAGGCAACUAUAAGUUGAAAACACUGAUCCACUCCCCUCACUGGGUCCCCGGUGUCGUCAGUCUCCGCUUCAGCAGAGCAGCGGUGUUCCUGUUUGAUUCUGCUUUUCUGUCUGUGCUGUUGCCAGCCUGUGUCUUACAGGCAGACAUUCUGGCCUGGAAUACCAGCAGUUGGAACAGUACUGAGGCAGUGUGUCUCCCCAUUCCACCCUAGUCUUCAAAUUUUUCAAUUAAAGACAGCCAGGUCGGCCUGCUCUGGGGUUUUUGGUUUAUUAGAGAAAAGAAAAGGUGCCAUUUCUUGUAGAAAGGGGAAAAAGAUUUAAAAACAAAACAAAAACAAAAAAAAACCAGUCUGUCCCUGGCGGGUUCUCUUUUUCAAGGGUUAGAACUAGGACGGACACACCAGUGACAGAGUGUGUUAAGCCCUGAAACCCAUGGUAGUGAAGUUGUGAUCAUGGGAACUGUACGCCAACAGCACAAGCCAGAGCCCCAGACUGCUGCAGCCCAGGGCCACACCCUCGGCAGCCGUUCUACAAGAGAGGCUUGCAGCAGCAGUUUUCUGCGCAGUACAGAUGGGCCUCGCCCCUGAAGAGCACUGGUGGAGAUACUGUACAACAACAACCUUUUUGUGCUCAAGACAUUGCAGUUCAGCUCGGGAGCCCCGCAGGUGUGUGGCUGAAGGGACAGGACUGGCAGACCACGUAGGGCUGCUUUAGAUGUGCUCAGUCCAGCACAGCUGCUGAACAGACUGGCUUCGUCUGCUCUUUGUCUGGUGAUGUCUUCCUGUAGGCCGGGAGUCUGAGGGUGUGGUGACAUCACGGUUCUCCUGGUCUGGUGGCCUGAACAAUGAUUUCAGAUGUUCCCUUUUCUGGAUCCUUUGUACACAUAAACUCAUUCCAUGGAUGGCUGCCUUAUAAUUUUGUCUCUUUCCACUUUAAUUGUGAAUGGUUUCAAAAUUGCUGUUUUUUGAUUUGUUUUAUGAUAUUAAAUUUUUAUUA